GCCCUCUGUCCAUUCUUUGAGCUGCUGCCCCUCAAGACUGUAUUUUUAUCCUUGAGAACUGGUCCUUUCAGACUGACCCAGCCUGGGAACGGAAGCACCUCAGCCCUUCUAUCUAGAUAAUUCCUGAUCGGAUUGAGCUCGGCUGCUCGUUCGCACGGUUCGCGUCGAGCAGCCCUCUGCCCUGUACGCCGUGGGGGUCACGGUACCAUGUCCUUUCCUAACACCUUUAAUCUGGAUCGCCAUUGCUCAAGCACGAUGUACUUCACAUUGAUCUUCUUCAUUCGUAUUCAACAUAUCUCAAAGGGCCUUCCAACAUUAUGCUCCAACAGGAGUUGUACACAUGGAUACUUGUCCAUUUCAUUUGCUUGGGAAAAAUCAUGCUCUGCUUUCUGUGCCUGUCAACUAAUAAAGGGACUGCAUGAACACAAAGUCCCCCAAAGAGGUAGAAAAAAAAAAAAAAAAAUGUGCAAGAGAAUCCAGGCUGUUCAGACAAUGGGGCCCAUUGUUUCACACAUGUAAACAUAUGGGCGGCUGGUCCGUAAAAUCUUGGUCGGCAGCCAGGCCGGAGUUUCCUGUGCAGGUCCAGUUGAACACGCGCGCAAACUCGCACACUUACAUGCACGUACACACACACACACAUCCUGUAGGACUCAAGGAGGUCAGCCUAUACCUAUAUUUAGCACAGCGAGCCUUACCACAUGGCCAGCUGCAGUAUAAAAAGCCCAGUCUCUUCUGCUCCUCAGAAAGCUUACAGCUCCUCUCCACUGCCCUGCCCAGCACAGCCAAGCACCAGUACAGCACCAGAACCAGCACCAGAACCACCGUUCCACAUCAGAUCCACAGAAUGAAGCCCAAAAGACUGCUUCUGCUGGUGGAUCCGCUGCCCACUAUCAGCGAGAUGCAGGAGGACAUGCUGCAGGUGGCCUGCCAAGCCCACAACGCCCAUGCCAGCGACUCCCUGGAUGAAUACGUGGACUCCAUCAAGGAGCUGGCACGGCCAAGUUUCGGACCUCUCCGAGUGCCACGCUCUCAGCGGCCGCGCCUCUUCACCAAGGCCCCAGCCCGCCCUGCCCCCAAGGCCUACCGACCCCGCCUCUCGACCUGUGUGGACGACACAAAAUUCAGGUCUAGCCAUCAGAGAGACUGCACAAGGGACCCCCUGGACUGGCUUUUUGCGCAGCCACUAUGAGCGAACAGCACCCCUCAACGGUCCGCGUGUGCACUGAACCUUCAGGAGCUCUGCAGACGGACACAACAGGCUGAAUGAACUCCAGGUGGCGAGCGUCCGUUCCGAAGAUCCGCGCAAGCAGUUUGCGAAGAAGGACUUGCAGGACAGCACCUCCCGUAGUUUGUACUUGCAUUGGAGAAGAAACAAGGGGAGCGGUCAGUUUGCUCACACACACAGCACAACUCAAGUGCACUGUGAGAGAGGUCUGGACAAAAAGAUAGUCAAGACGUUUGUACAGAUGAUGCUCUAUGUGAGAAUGCCUCUGCUGCUCAGCAUCUGCUCCAAAGGCCAGAAAAGUUAUGCAUUCACUAUAGGCGAACCACCUGCUGUGAUUAAUCGUCUAAUUUAUUACCUUUGAAGCGCAUCCUGCUGUGCGGGACAAAAGUUUACAUGUCCUAGAAUGUUGUGAAGAAAUUGCUUUAUUUUAUAAUAAAACUGAAAUUCUGAAGAUGAAAAUUUGUAAUGUUGUAAGUCGCUGUGGUGAAAAAAAAUAUUCUUUCAGUAACUUCUUGGCUAGUGCAAGGUCACAUGAGAUGCACAGCAAGGUAACACUGAAUAGGAUGCUAGUCCAUCGUACGGAAAUC